UCUCUGCGCAGACGGCACACGAUUGAGCCGACCAAACAUCUAGUUACACUAAAAUGAGCCGGGUGCGUGGUUUCCUCCUCUCUCUCCCAAACUUAUUCGCUCUUUAAGAAAAGCAACGUCUUUUCGCGUGGUCUUCGUCGUUUUCUCUCUCUCUCGUUCUUCCUGCUCAGAUAGACGAAUUUCCCGGCGGAUUUCUGGGCGAGUUCACGUAGUUCUGGUUGCCGAAUCUGCUCGUUCAUCUGUCGAAUUAGGAUCAAUGUCGUCUGAUAUAAGCUAGACUGAUUCCUCAUCCCUCGCUCUACUUCUUUUCCGUUUGCUUCUUCUUCUCCUUGCUUUCUCUGGCAAUAAGUUUAUGGCGGCUCAAGGUAGUGACUGCAUCGGAUCUAGCUCUAUGGUUCGGUUUUCUACUGUUUGAGUUCUGAUUUCACGGGCUUUGAGCUAGGGUUUGUAGUUUCUGCUGUUUUUUAUUUAACUGAUCGAGUACUGGGAGAAUGAUGGGUACGACGGAAAUUUUACUGGGAGCAGUAGGACCACCGAUAAAACCGAGGGCAGGAUUGCGAAGGGAACAAGCGGGAAGAGGGUCAUACAGAGGAAGCUAGUACUAGGUUGUUAGGUGAUCUAAGGCAACAGGAUUUCUCGGGAGUGGUGUAAGGAGAGUGGUUUUAUUCUCUUGUUAAAGUUUUCGGACACAGAUAUUUCGAACUGAGAAAGAACAAAAGGAGGGUUCUACUGGAAGCUCUUGUCUUGGGCUUCUGUUGGGAGCUUCCUGUUCUGAUUAGUGUUUCUUUUGGAGGUCGGGUUUAGUUGAACCGUUAAAGGUGUUUUUCGACUUCGUGUGGGGUUUAGAUGGGUUCUACCUUGCAACAGAUUCUGAAGAGCCUCUGCUCAAAUACAGAUUGGAAGUAUGCCGUCUUCUGGAAAUUCAAUCAUCGUUCUCGAACGGUACUUACUUUGGAGGAUGCUUACUAUGAUAAUGAUGGGCAGAAUAACCCUGUGGAGGUUAAAGAUUUUAAUGACACAGCAGCAAAUUCGCAUGGCGGGCACUGUGCCCAUGAUCCCCUUGGAUUAGCUGUGGCAAAGAUGUCAUAUCAUGUAUAUUCUCUAGGGGAAGGGAUUGUCGGACAAGUUGCAGUCUCUGGACAACAUCAAUGGGUCUUCCCUGAAUAUUUUCACAAUUCUUACUUGAAAUCUGAGAAUGUCUGGGGGAGUCAAAUUUAUGCUGGAAUUAAGACCGUUCUUGUAGUAGCUGUUGGUCCUCGUGGAGUACUACAGCUAGGUUCUUUACGCAAAGUUGAUGAGGAUGGGACUUUGGUGACUCGUAUCAGACAAUUGUUUUUGGCGCUUAAGGAGUCGUUGACAGACCAUGCCACCAACUUAUUGCAAUGUAGCAUGAAUAGUAAAACAUCUCUGCCAAGCAUACCUUCAGAAUGUUUACGUGUUAAGGCAUUUCCUGAUAGCUCAGAAGUAAAUAAAGCUGUGAAUGUGGAAGGGUCAAAUCUUCUGUCACAGUAUACAAGUGAACAAACUGUUAGCCUGCCAAAUGCUCAUCCUUCAUCAUGUCUUCAUAUGGAGAUGGCUGUUCAAGUAAUUGAUGGGUGCGGAGCAGAGCAAGUAUCCAUGUCUGGGAGUUAUCAAGGUGUUAAGCAUGAUUUUUCGGUUGAUAUAGCUGACACUAAAAGUGAGAACCAAGUGGGUACAGGCAUCAUCUGCAAUGCGCUUUAUGAGGGGGAAACUAGUAGCUGCAGAUAUUCGAAAAAGGAAUCAGAUCCCAGUUUGUAUCCGUAUUCAAGGAAUGAUGCUUUGAACAAUAUAGACUCAUCUGCUUUUGCAAUCGAGGAUGACAGUUUUUUUGUAGGUCGGUUAUAUUCAGACCGCGAUUCAGCUGUACACAGUUCAUCGAAAAUGGAUGUAAAAUGUUAUCCGCUAAAGGAAGUGCCCCAGGUAUCUGAGUGGCAAGUAGAAAGGUACCUGAAAGAUUCAGAUCAUCUGCUGGAGAGUCAAAGCAAAUCAAGUCAAUUCGAGGCUUUGAGUGCAUCUGUGUCUUCUUUUGCUGGCAGCAAGCUGCUAGAGGCAUUAGGGCCUGCUUUCAGUGAAAGAAGCGCUAGGUGUCAAGAGCACGCGAAGUCUGAAACCGGAGCCACUGUAAGUCUGGCUGAUGAUUUGGGCCUUAGUCAGCUUACAUUUGAUUCCAACUUUGAGAAUCUGCUAGAUGCUGUGGUUGCCAAUGUGUGUCAUAGUGAUGGUAACAGGCAGGGAAUAUCACCGAGUAGAGCAAUGCAUUCCUUGCUUACGAAUGUUGAAAGGACAGAACCUUCAGGCCAUGCAAAACAUGAUAUUGUUAGUUCUGUUGGGAGUGUAAUUAAUCAACUGCCUCUUGCAGAAGGAAAUACUCGACAGAAUCCAUCUGAUAUUUGUGGGGCAUUUUCUUCCAUUGGCUUCUCAUCUAAUUGUCCCAGUUCCUCUAGUGAGCAGUUCCAGACAUCACUGGAGAUGCCCAAGAAGAUAAAAAAAAGAGCUAAACCAGGGGAAAGUUCCCGGCCUCGACCAAGGGACAGACAGCUCAUUCAAGAUCGUAUUAAGGAGCUUAGGGAAAUUGUGCCCAAUGGUUCUAAGUGCAGCAUUGAUUCUUUGCUGGAACGAACGAUCGACCAUAUGCUCUUUUUACAGAAUGUCACUAAGCAUGCUGACAAGCUUAGUAAAUGUGAUAAUUCGAAGUUGCAGCACAAGGAAAAAACUGGCGUUCUGAGAUCAGCUAGUACUGAACAAGGUUCAAGCUUGGCAGUGGAGGUUGGAGGGCAUCUUCAAGUGUGCUCAAUUAUAGUGGAGAAUCUGAACAAGCAGGGGCUGAUGCUUAUUGAGAUGUUAUGUGAAGAAUGUAGCCAUUUUCUCGAGAUAGCAAACGUGAUCAAGAGCUUGGACCUGACCAUCUUAAGAGGCAUCUCCGAGGCACAAGGCGAGAAAACAUGGAUCUGCUUUGUAGUUGAGGGCCAAAACAACAAAGUAAUGCAUAGGAUGGACAUCUUGUGGAAGCUGGUGCAAAUAUUUCAACACAAGGCCACAGGCAACUUGAAACUUUACGCGAGACAAAACAAGAGCGGCGUCUCAGUUUCUUACAUGAAAGCUCUGAGCAACUCGACUCUUGUCCGAGUUUCUUCACACAUUCUUGUCCGAGCUUUCUCCACUUGCCCUUCUCGGAAUCUCCCGAUCUUACGCUUAAUCAAACAAUGCCCAAACCCCAAGCUUCUAGAACCUGCUUUAGCCGCCAUGGUCAAGACCGGCGAGAGCCAAGACUGUUACUUUAUGAACCAGUUCGUCACCGCCUGCACUUCCUUUGACCGCCUCGAUCUAGCGGUUAUCUCCAUGGCCCAGAUGCAGGAGCCUAAUGUUUUCGUAUACAAUGCGCUGAUUACAGGCUUCGUUCGUCGUUUACAUCCACUUCGUGCUCUGGAUUUCUAUAUUCUCAUGCUCAGAAACUCCGUCUCUCCGUCGAGCUUCACGUUUUCCUCUUUGAUAAAGGGUUCGUGUGAUGUUUCCGCGUCUUGGUUUGGGGAAUCGAUUCAUUGCCACGUCUUUAAAUUUGGGUUUAGCUCUCAUGUUCAUGUUCAGACGACCCUUAUUGAUUUCUACUCGGAUUCCGGUAUAAUCAUGAACGCUAGGAAGGUGUUCGAUGGAAUGCCCGAAAGAGAUGUUUUCGCAUGGACCACUAUGGUUUCAGCUUAUGUUAAGGCUGGGAAUAUGGAGUCUGCAAGUGAUUUGUUUGACGAAAUGCCAGAAAAGAAGAUUGCAGCUUGGAAUUGUAUGAUCGAUGGAUACAUAAAAUCGGGAAACUCGGAACUAGCAGAGUCAUUGUUCAAUCAGAUGCCGGUGAAGGAUGUAAUCUCAUGGACAACUAUGAUCAACUGUUACUCCCAUAACAAGAGGUACGUAGAAGCAAUAGCCGUGUUCCAAAGAAUGACGGAAGAGGGGAUUAUCCCCGAUGAGGUGACUAUGUCGACUGUUAUUUCGGCUUGUGCCCAUCUCGGAGCUUUAGAUUUAGGUAAGGACAUUCAUCUUUACAUUGCGCGGAACAGGUUUGAUCUUGACGUAUACGUUGGGUCCGGAUUGGUUGAUAUGUAUGCAAAAUGCGGUAGCUUAGACCGGGCGCUUCUGAUAUUCCUCAACUUACCGAAAAAGAACCUCUUUUGCUGGAAUUCGAUCAUAGAUGGGCUUGCCUCGCAUGGUUAUGCACAAGAGGCGCUGAAAAUGUUUGCUGAUAUGGAGAAGGAGAAGGUAAAACCUAACGGGGUCACUUUCGUAAGUCUUUUAACCGCAUGUACUCAUUCGGGUCUGGCAGGAGAAGGCAAAAGGAUAUUCAAGAGCAUGAUCGAUGACUAUUCCAUUGCUCCUAGCAUCGAACACUACGGAUGCAUGGUUGAUCUGUUAAGCAAAGCCGGGUUGGUCCAGGAGGCACUUGCGUUGAUCAAAGGCAUGAACUUUGAACCAAAUGCGGUUAUUUGGGGGGCAUUGCUCGGGGGGUGCAAAACUCACGGGAAUUUAGAGAUAGCUGAGGUAGCGUUUAACGAGUUGACAGUGUUGGAGCCGGAGAACAGCGGGUAUUACUCGCUUCUGAUAAAUAUGUACGCAGAAGAAAACCGGUGGGGGGAUGUUGCAGAGAUGAGAGGAAGAAUGAGAGUUAUGGGGAUAGAGAAGAGAUGUCCUGGGACAAGUUGGGUGGAGAUAGACAGGAGAGUUCAUCAGUUCGCUGCGUCAGACAAAUCUCACAAGGCUUCUGAUGAGAUUUACUUGUUGCUUGACUUUAUGUAUUUCCAACUGAAUGCAAACCGGUUAUGCAUACCGGUUUCCGGUUUAUAAAAUUUGAAGAUGAUUUUAUAAACCGGUUUUGCAAUACAUGUUGGUAGCUCCUCUCCAAUGGAGAAACAUACAUAUAAGAGGAGGUUUUAUGAUAUGUAUUUGGAAAAGUUGGUAGGGUCUUUUGUUCUUGUAAAUAUCAUUAGACGUAGGUUAUAAGAUUCAGUUGUACGAUUCGUAUUC